UUUUAAUUGAUCAGAUAGAAAAGAUGUAUUUCUUUGGAAUUUUGUGUUUGCUGUUGGCAGUGGAAGCUUUGCCGACACCCGAGCAGGUACAUAUCAACGAACCAGCUCCUCCAUCACCAUUAGAACUCAAACCAGACGAGAAAGAUAACAAUAUAGAAGUCUUAGUUGACCCAGUACCACCUGUAGUAGAAGAACCUGGUUACUCAGAUAAAGAAAGCAAGGAAAAGGUUGAUGAGUUUAAGAAGGAAUUGGAGGCUGUAGAAAAACCUAAAGAAGAAAAAGAAAGGGAAGAAAUAGCGGAACAGAAGGAAGUAGAAAAGGAAAAAGAGAAAGAGGUAAAAGACAAAUUUGAAGGUGUUGUUGUAGUUGAAGAGUCUAAUGAUCCAAACGAAAAACCAAAUGACGAGGAACCUAAGGAAGAAAAAAAGGAUGAAGAAUCAAAGGACGAAGACGUAGAGGAAGGUCCUAUUAUAGUGCAAAUAUUUAAACCUAAACCAUUUUUGGCUGAUAUUUUUUCGCAAUUCUUUCCUGGCUUCCAGUGGCCGCACUUUUCAUUGCCCGAUUUUCUCCGUCCAAGGAGUGCUGAUCCGUUAGAAUUAGAUGAACCUAUCUACAUUGUCAAGGAAUCUGACUUUAGCUGGCCUUACAAAAAGUAAUUGAUGACACCUUUAUUUGCCGGAAAUUUUGUGGAAUAUUCAAUCGACUGAUGUGAGUAUUUUUCUGUACCUAUGUGGCAUCUGUUUUAGCAGACUAUGAAAUCGUAUCUACUUACUUAAAUAAAUAUACUUAUGAAUUUCAUUGA